AUGGAGAGCUUGAUCGGGCUCGUGAACAAGAUCCAGAGGGCUUGCACUGUGCUCGGCGAUUAUGGAGGCGAUCACUCCAUGCCGACGCUGUGGGAAUCGCUCCCGUCCGUGGCUGUUGUUGGAGGUCAGAGCUCGGGAAAAUCAUCUGUGCUGGAAAGCGUCGUCGGCCGCGACUUUCUUCCCAGAGGAUCAGGCAUUGUUACCAGGAGGCCUUUGGUGCUCCAGCUCCACAAAACAGAGGGUGGCCAGGAGUAUGCGGAGUUUCUGCAUAACCCGAAGAUCAAGUUCUCGGACUUUUCACUUGUGAGGAAGGAGAUCGAGGAUGAGACUGACAGAAUGACUGGCCAUACGAAGCAAAUAUCACCAGUACCUAUUCAUUUGAGCAUCUACUCUCCAAAUGUUGUCAACCUGACUCUCAUUGAUUUGCCCGGAUUGACUAAAAUUGCUGUCGAGGGUCAACCGGAUAGCAUAGUGGCAGACAUUGAAAAUAUGGUCCGAUCUUAUGUCGAAAAGCAAAACAGCAUCAUUCUAGCCAUCUCUCCAGCAAACCAAGACAUUGCUACUUCUGAUGCCAUGAAACUGGCAAAAGAAGUUGAUCCAACAGGCGAACGAACUUUUGGAGUGCUGACAAAACUUGACCUCAUGGACAAGGGUACAAACGCUCUCGAGGUUCUCGAAGGUCGUGCGUAUCGUUUACAGUUUCAGUGGGUUGGCGUUGUCAAUCGUUCGCAAGCCGAUAUUAACAAAAGCGUGGACAUGAUAGCAGCGCGAAAAAAGGAACGCGAGUUUUUUGCAAGCAGCCCUGACUAUGGACACUUGGCAAGCCGUAUGGGAUCGGAGUAUUUAGCAAAAAUGCUCUCCAAGCACCUUGAAACUGUGAUCAAAACUCGUCUGCCGAGCAUUCUGGCGUUGAUAAACAAGAGUAUUGAUGAACUAGAACAGGAACUGAAUCAGCUCGGGAGGCCGAUUUCCCACGAUGCCGGAGCGCAACUGUACACGAUUUUGGAGCUUUGCCGCGCCUUCGAUCACGUUUUCAAAGCUCACUUGGAUGGAGGAAGGCCUGGCGGUGAGCGCAUCUAUGUCGUGUUUGACAAUCAACUUCCUGCCGCUCUCAAGAAACUACCAGUCGACAAGCAUCUAUCCAUGCAAAACGUGAGAAAGAUUGUAACGGAGGCCGAUGGAUACCAGCCACACCUGAUCGCUCCGGAACAAGGAUAUAGACGCCUUAUCGAAGGAACACUGGGCCUUUUCAGAGGGCCAGCAGAGGCGGUUGUGGAUGCGGUACAUUCCGUGUUGAAAGAGCUCGUAAGGAAAGCAAUUGCGGAAACUCAAGAACUGAAGCGUUUUCCAACGCUCCAAGCCGAGUUAGCUGCUGCCACGACCGAGGCACUAGAAAGAUUCCGGGACGAGAGCCGAAAGUUUGUUCUCAGACUGGUGGACAUGGAAGCCAGCUACUUGACUGUGGAGUACUUUCGCAAGCUUCCACCAGAGCUGGAAAAGGGAGGGAAUCCCUCCGCCCUGACUGCUGAUCGCUACACCGAAGCUCAUCUCCGCAAGAUUGGGUCUCACGUAACCUCUUACAUUAUGAUCGUAUGUGAAACCUUGCGGCAUUCCAUUCCAAAGGCAGUAGUACACUGUCAAGUGCGUGAAGCCAAGCGCACAUUGCUGGAUACUUUCUAUACUCAAGUUGGCAAAAAAGAGGUAACACGUCGUGUAGAUCGUUUUAUUUGCCGGCCGAUCGUGACACCCUCUUUAAUGGCACAGGAGAAGCAGCUCCUCCAAAUGCUCGACGAAGACCCCGCAUUGAUGGAGCGGAGAGUCGCACUGGCAAAGCGCUUGGAGCUGUACAAAAACGCCCGAGACGACAUUGACGCGGUGAUGUGGGGGAAGUAGAAAAUCUAGAAACCCGGAAGCUCG